AUGCAAGAAUUCUCAGCAGCAGGCAUGGAAAGUGCGGCCAAGAUUUUCAGGAGAUCAGUCUUUUGCUUUCUGCAGAAAUUUCAGUUCUUUACAACAACUGCAGUGGUUCUUGCAUUUCCAUAUGCGGCCUCAGUUCUUGUGUUUCAGUCCUUUGUUCCUUCAUCGCCUUUCCUGGCGAUGAUCCAUGCCAGAAUUCACACGCUCUUUGAUGCAGCAGGGUUUCCUUCUUCCUCAGAAUUCUUCACCAUCCUCAAUCUCAAGCUGUCUCAGACUGUUGCCAUUUCUUUUCUGGCCUUGCCUUUCACUCUCUCCUUUUUUCUCCUCAGCAAAGCUUGUGUGAUUCAAGCUCUGGGUGAUCAAGAACUGCCCAAAAGAUCUCUGUUUUCUUGUCUCCCCAGAAUUCACAGUCCUCUUCUCCUCACCCAGCUCUGCAAUUCCUUUCUAGUUCUUUCUGCAAAUGCUACUUGCUUUAUUCUGCUACUCUUUGCCUUCAAUCUUGCUGAUGAAUUUGGCUUUUCCUCUCCAAGAUUCGAGCUUUUCCUCUCGGUAUCAGGAGCUUUGCUUUGCUCCAUAAUUCUUGCAAAUACUUUCACCAUCUGCAACCUGGCAUUGGUUUUAUCAGGGAGGGAGGCAACUGGGGGGUUUACUGCAAUCCUCAAAGCCUGUGUUCUUAUCAAGGGAAGAACGGGGACAGCUUUGUCGUUAGCCCUGCCGAUUAACAUGGCCAUGGCUGCAGUUGAAGCUCUGUUCCAGUACAGAAUUGUGAGAGUUUAUCAUCAUGCAAAAACUGGGAUUUCUUCUGUGGCUUUGGAAGGGAUGUUGAUUGCCUAUAUGUAUGCAAUCCUUCUGGUUCUUGACACCAUUGUUGUCUGCUUUUUCCUCAGAAGCUGUGAAGGAGACUGUCACAUAGACCAGUAUAGAAGGUUGCCUUCCCAUGUUGAAAUUGAAGAAGAUAACAAUGCUUUCAGGACUGUAAAGAUUGUUGAAGAUCUUCCUUGA